AUGGUGCGGUCGUAUGAACGUCACGAAGCAACCGCCGCGUUUGGUCUCAUUGGGUCCAAUGCAGCGAAUGCAAUCUUAGAUGCAGAUGGGAAAACUGCAUAUUUGCCGGCACUUGAAGACGUGCUCGUGUGGGACGUGAAGCGUGGUGAGCAGGUACGUAUGGUGCAGUAA